AUUCCAUACCAAACUGCUAUAAAAACCGUGAUCAUCGCCACAUCAACCAUCCAGUUUCGUUUUCAAACCAACUGCCACAAUGAACCCCCUUCUGACGCUCCUGGCCGGUACGUGCCUGCUUCUGGCCCUGUCCCAGCAGCUGAUCGGAGCUGGAGCUCAGGAGGAAGUUACGUCCGCGGUAUCCACCGUCACUGGAGAAUCUACCACCAGCAAGGACGCUGGUGAUUCUUCCAAAGAAGACAAACCCACGGGCGGCAAAGGUCACGGCAGUUUGGUUGGAAUAAUGCGAGAAAAAUGUCCUGGCGGAAUGAAGGGUGACCAGAAGAAGCCGAUGGGAGAUUUCCACAAGUUUGGUGACAAGCUUGGACCUGGAAUGCAGCGACCAGCAUUUCAGAUGACCAUGGGAGGCUUUGGCGAGAAGAAGCCUGGUCAAGGUGGAAUGCCGACUGGAGGCUUCAAGGGUCUGAUGGGAGGUUUUGGAGGUAAUCGUCCCGGAGCAGGUUUGACGGGUGGUGCUACUGGAUUUGGUGGUCCAGGUGCAAUGCGUCAUCCAACAGAGAAUAAUCCACAGUAAAGAUGUAACAGAAAUAGAUGAGCUCUUUAGAAAAUGA